UUCUGGACGCCUCCUGAAGUGAGCCGGCUGGGGACCGGAUGUGAGGUUCCGAGGUCUAUUAACCUCUGGUCUGCUGUGCGGGUCACAGUGUCCCACGGUGCCCGCCGGCCUCGGGUGUUUCUCCCCGGGUGGGAGGGUGCUAUGGAGGCGCCGCCGCCCGCGCCCCGCAGCCUGCUUUGCAGGGCCUGGGCUCCUUUCCCCCGGGUCUUUGCCGCCGGUGCCGUGGCUGCGGACUCCCAAGGCUUUGUGGAAGAUCGAGAUCUGCGUUCAAACGUCUCAGAACCCGGUUCCCCGGAAUCGGGAUGGGACCGCCUCCGGCAGCUGUUUGUCAAAGAUGAACAACAGAGAAUUUCAAAGGAAGUUGACUAUAUCUGCAGGGCAGCGGUUUCAGCAGGCAUCAUUGGCUGGGCAUAUGGAGGAAUACCUGCUUUUAUUCAUGCUAAAAAGCAAUACAUUGAGCAGAGCCAAGCGGAGAUUUAUCAUAACCGGUUUGAUGCUGUGCAAAGUGCACACCGUGCUGCCACAAGGGGCUUCAUUCGGUAUGGAUGGCGUUGGAGUUGGAGAACAGCAGUCUUUGUGACUAUAUUCAACACAGUAAACACUGGAUUAACUGUGUAUCGAAAUAAAGAUGCCUUGAGCCAUUUUGUCAUUGCAGGAGCUGUCACAGGAGGUCUUUUCAGAGUAAACCUAGGUGUUCGAGGCCUGGUGGCUGGUGGUAUAAUUGGAGCUUUGUUGGGCACUCCUAUGGGAAGCCUGCUGAUGGCCCUUCAGAAAUACGCUGGUGAGACCGUUCAGGAGAGAAGACAGAAGGACAGGAAGGCAUUCCAUGAGAAGGAACUGGAAGAGUGGAAAAGCAAGCUGCAAGUCACUGAGCUCCUCCCUAAGGAAAUUGAAAGUGGCUUAGAGAAGAUUCGGCUUGAGGAAGAUGCUCAGAGAAUUGAGGAGCUGCUGAGCCUCCCUAGGAACCCUUUAUCGCCAGAUAAACAAAACAUCAGAGCUGGGCGAGUGCCACAAACCUACAAUUCCAGCUGCUUGGGAGGCCAGCUUGAGCUACCUAACAAGACCCUGUUUCAAAAAUAUGCACCUAUGAAAAACAAAGAACCAAAAGCAACCCAAAGAAUUGGGUUACAUUUUCUUAUUUAUACUGAUAGUUGAUCCAUCUAAACUUAACUUUCUCUAUCCUGCUACAAGUAAAAUACUUCCCAAAAGAUUAAAAUUGCAUUGUCUGGAUUAUUUAUUCACUCCCCAGUCUUUUA